AUGGACAAAGAAUUUGAGAAAACAGCUGAAAAACAUGUUAUGUGGCCUCAACAGAUCAAUCCUGAAAUAGCAAAAGAUGCAUUAGCUGAAUUUUAUAAUAACAUAAAUCUUAACAAAUUACACGAAUUACCAUGCACUGUUUGCUCAGGACUUUACAAUUACAAAAGCUACAAAAUAAUCUCUGUAAAUGAGAUUAAUCUUUUUUUACUUAGAUUAUCACAUGAUCUUAUUGAACCAUCAUUUGAAAUUAAUUUUAAUUAUGAACACCCUUAUAUCAAUACUAAUAACAUGUGGUUUGAACCUAUGCCUUUAUGUCUUCAAGAAUUAACCAUACCAGAGCAACUCCUUAUCUCACCUGGUUACUUAUAUAUGAAUCUUAUCCAAUUAACAAAAAGAAAGUAUACCUAUCAUAAACUUAAAGGUUAUAUUAUCACAUUACCACAAAAUCCUAGCUUAUUGCUUAAUAUAUCACCUUUACCCAUAUAUCAGCUUUCUAAAUAUUUAAAAGUACUUCAAGUUUGGAAAAGUAAGAUAUCAACAACACUUAAUUGGUUAUUUUCCCACAAUAAAUUAUUUAAAGAUAAAUUCAGAAUUGACAAAAAUGCAUUAAACCUUUUGCCAGAAGAACACUAUACUGGUUAUGCUCAAGAAGCUUAUCAACAAUCUGAUAGUGAAACUGAUGAUAAGGAUGAUUCUGAGCAUAAUUUAAACAAUUUUAUUAAUAAUGCAAGCGAACUUAGGCCCUCUGGAAUAUUGCAUAUCAAUGAUGUACCUGUUACUAAAAAAGUACUUACUCUGCUUUCAUUUCAAAAAUUAGUAGAAAAAUCUAAUCAACAUUCAAGUAACCAACAAUCUUCAAAUGAAAGUACACCUUCACUCUUUAUUAUGAUUAAUCCAGCUGAUCUUCACAGUCCUAUUGUAAUGAUGUAUGCUGAAAAUGAAAUUGAUAUUGAAAAACUUACCUUUGAAAAUUUCCUAAAAGCUUCUGAAAGUGCUCAACUCACUCAUCUUAAUCCCUCAGCCAUUGCCAAAUAUUUUAAUAUAACCAUUCAUUCAAUUAUAAAUACUUUGAUUGGUUAUAAUAAAGAAAAUGGUGGUGUUCUAGGUUUCAUAAAAAAUUACUAUGGUGUUGUUGAAUAUCAAGAUCAUGUGGGUCAAUCAGAAAUUACAAGUCCACAAGUUUUGGCAUAUCUGUUAGGCAUUCCUGACCAUUAUAUACCAAACAAAUUUGCAUCAAUACAUCUUCAAUUCUUAGAAUUCUAUUUUACAAAAGAAUGUAAAAAACAAUACCAAACCUUCACUAAAGUUUUUGAUGAAUCUGAUGAUGAUUUUAAUGAUGAUUUAGAUACUGAUAAUAUCCAAAAUGCCCAAAAUCUUUUAAAUGAAUCAUUCUUGGUUACAUUCUAUAAUAAUAAAUUAACUGCCAUAAAUUUUCAUAAUAAAACUUAUAUUCAAAUUCAUAGAAAACAAGGUACUAAAAAGAUAGUUGUAUUGUGUGGUAAAGGCAUACCUAAGAAGGAUGAUGUAGAAAAUGCUGAAUUAUAUGGGUUAAACAUCCUUAUGUUGUUUAAACUAUGGAAAACAGUUCAAGAUCUUUAUAGCUUUACUUUAUCUUCUCAUAUAAGGUAUAUAAUUUCAAAUAUUGAAUUAUUACACAGAUGUGUAGAAGAAACAUUUUUAGAUUGUGAAUUAAGAAAAAAAGAUCUAACUGAUCUUUUUGAUGAUAAUGACAAUAAACAGGAUAUUGUUAAUGCUUCUAAUAAUAUGGUAACCUUUAGCCCAGCUGCUAUUAUUAGGUCUGGUCUAAAAGAUGUCAGAACACCAACAAGUAAAUAUAGACUGUCACAAUUAUUACUUUACCUUGCUAGUGCUAGUGGAACUGGCAAAUCUAGAGUAAUUCAUGCAAUUUGUUUAUAUUUUGAAAACAUUUUACAAUGCCAUACCCUUCUUAUAUUAGCUCCUACUGGUAUUGCUGCUGCUAAUGUUUAUGAUAGUACUAUUCAUUCUGCAUGUAAAUUUGGCUUUGGUGAAAAUAGUAAAAAACUAUCUGCUUUAACAGAAGAAUCUUUGCAGCAGCUUCAAGAAUUAUGGUCUGAAAUAGAAUAUGUCAUAAUAAAUGAGAUUUCUAAGAUCGGUCAAAAUCUCCUGACUCAAUUUCACACUUUUAUGAAAAAAUUAAAAGUAACAGAUGAUUUAGUUCCUUUUGCCAGAAUUAACAUCAUGUUUGUUAGUGAUUUUAUGCAAUUACCACUUGUAUUAGAUUCUGACUUAUAUAUGCCAGAUAAGAUUACCUGUCUUUCAUCAUGUAAUCCCCAAACUACCAUGUCUACUACUACCUCUAGUAUCCAGGAUUCAUCUAAAUCUAAAAAAAGAAAACCAGAUUGUAGAAAUGCUAUCUUUCUUAUAACAAGAAAUGACCUUUAUGUCCAACUUAAUUUUGAUGCCACAAGAGAGCAUGAUUAUUAUAAUAACCAACCGCUUAUUUAUUCUUGUGCAUACAAUACACGUUGUGGUAUAUUACCUUUAUCUAUUAAUAUAAAAGUUGUUAUAACUAUCAAUAUUUGUGCAAAUGAUAACUUGGCAAAUGGUUUACAAGGAAUUCUUCAAAAAAUUGUAUAUGAUAAAGACUCAAUUGAUCCUUUGCCUUGUGAUAAAAAUAAGGUAAUAUUAAAAAGUCCACCAAAAUAUGUCAUUGUCAAACUAAUAGAUAGAGCACCAGGUUCUUAUCAAGACCUUCAACCCAAUCAUGUACCUAUAUACCCUGUUAAACAUGCCUGUGUACAAACUAUUUGGAAAUGUGAUGGGUCAAAAAUUCAAAGAAGGUUUCAACAAUUUCAGCUUCUUUUAACUCUUGCAUUUGUGUUCACUGACUAUAAAUGCCAAGAAAGAACUCUUCACAAAGUGAUUGUUAAUCUUAUAGGCAGUAAUACAAGCAAUGAUAUAUGGAUUUCACCUGCACUUUGUGCUGAAUUUAAUAAACUUGAUAAAUGCAUACAGAGAACUAAUCAAUUAAAAGAGUG